GACUGACCUCACAUGUGACACACUGACUUCCCAUCAUCUUAUUUGACUUUUAUCUCAGUUAAAUAAAUAGUGUGAAGCCUGUGUGGGAUGUUAAGAAGCACUGGUGGAAAUUAUAAAAGCUGAUAACUUUGACUUUGGGUGUAGAGUAAUUCUUCCUGCCUUCUGAGUGAUGCCUCGUUCAUUUUUGGUGAAGCGAGGAGGGCUGCACCACCUUGGAAAAAAAGCAGGGUCCUGGGAUACAUCCCUGGGGUACUCCACGGCAGAAAUACAAGGUGAUAGUGCAGUGCCGGUUGCAUUACUGCAGCAGGACCUUUCUACUUCCAACCACUCUAACGGCCACCUUCAGCCAUUCAGUCCCAAAUCUUAUGAUUGUAGAUCUGCUGAGCUCUGCAGUCCCAUCAACUCAAAUACUUUUCGCCCUGUCGAGAAAGUCGAGUCUCAAUCUCCCACAGCAGCGGUAUGGUCCAGACCUCCUGUGAGCUCAGGACAUCCAGGAAAACUGUCUGUGGGACUGGCAGACUUCACUCAGCACCCUCACUUCCUGAGGGAGACCAGGAGCAGUGGCUGCUCUAAGAUCAGUGCUCCGAGGCAAGAGUGUCCGCUCUGUAGCAAAAUAUUUUCCUGUCUGUCAAGUUUGAAGACUCACAUAUGCAAGAGUCAUGGGAGCAGAGUACCAGCACACAUCAAGUCCAGUAGGACAGACACUGCACGGUCACCAUGCAGGGGCAAGGACAGGACAUUUGGCUGUACAGUGUGUGGGAAAGUAUUCAAGCGCUCCUCCACCCUCUCCACUCAUCUGCUCAUACAUUCAGACACGCGACCAUACCCCUGCCAGUACUGUGGCAAAAGGUUCCACCAGAAGUCUGACAUGAAGAAACACACCUUCACACACACUGGUGAGAAGCCCCAUGUGUGUCAGAUAUGUGGAAAGGCGUUCAGCCAGAGCUCCAACCUCAUCACCCACAGCCGUAAACACAGGGACGACCGGCCCUACCACUGUCCACGCUGCCUCUACGGCUUCCAGCACAAAGUGGACCUCCGGCAGCACCAGGAGCACCACUGCACCUACCGCUGACUCUAACACAGCCGAGUCAACGUGUUCUCUCGUGUUAGAUAUAGUGUUUUAUAUUUAUAUGCAUAAAGGUUACUAUUAUCUGUGAUUUGUUUGAAGGUCCGGUGUGAAGGAUUUAGGGGAUUUACUGGCAGAAAUGGAACAUAAUAAAAUGAAUGUGUUUUCUUUUGUGUAUAAUCACCUGAAAAUAGGAAUGGUUGUCUUUGUGUUACCUCAGAAUGAGCUGUUUAUAUCUAGGCUACAUUGGGAGUUUGUCCUUGUCACUGGAGUCCGCUAUGUUGCACCACCAUGUUUCUAUCCAAGAACAGACAAACCAAACACUGGCUCUAGAUCAAGCCUUUCGCCUUUUCAUGUUGGCCACAGCAGCCCCUCUACGACGAGCCCAACACCAUCUGAUUCUUAUGUGAAACUGUUUUAUUCAGCGUUUUCACCUGUUUAAAUCAGUAGUCUGUUUAUUUUGAAGAAAGGGAGACCUCUGCAGAUCAUUCAGCUCCAAGUAAAACUUCUUUAACAUCUGAGGCCGUAUUCACAAACAUUCUGAGAAAACUCUAAGAGAGCUCCUAACUAAGCCUAAAACUUUUAGUUAGGAGUCCUAGCUGGGGAGUGAUUUAGGAAAGUUCUCAGAGCAACUCUGAGCAAGGAAGGGACAGAAACUUCAGUGGGAUGGUGUGGUUGACCCCGUUGCUAGGUGUAAUGUAUUCUCUUAACAGGUGUGAUUGGUUGUAUAAGAAUGGACGUUUCCAUCCCCCAUAUUGUAGGCGGCUAUUCCUCCUGCACAGACAAACACAAAUGAGAAUGAAGUGAAGAAAAGUGGGAAGAGAGUCGAUGCAUGUACGAGUUUACUGAUUGAAUAAA